GAUGGAACCGGACCGGCCCAUCGGAUACGGAGCCUUCGGGGUCGUCUGGUCGGUGACGGACCCCCGUGACGGCCGGAAGGUGGCGCUGAAGAAGAUGCCGAACGUCUUCCAGAACCUGGUGUCGUGUAAGCGGGUCUUCAGGGAGCUGCGGAUGCUCUGCUUCUUCAAACACGACAACGUUCUGUCGGCUCUGGACAUCCUGCAGCCUCCGCAGAUCGACUGCUUCGAGGAGAUCUACGUCAUCACAGAGCUGAUGCAGAGUGACCUUCACAAGGUCAUCGUGUCGCCGCAGCCGCUGACCACCGACCACAUCAAGGUCUUCCUCUACCAGAUCCUCCGAGGUCUGAAGUAUCUCCACUCUGCUGGGAUCCUCCACCGAGACAUCAAGCCUGGGAACCUGCUGGUCAACAGCAACUGCCUGCUCAAGAUCUGUGACUUCGGCUUGGCCCGUGUGGAAGAACCCGACCCGUCGCGUCACAUGACCCAGGAGGUGGUGACCCAGUACUACCGGGCCCCGGAGGUUCUGAUGGGCUGCCGGCACUACGGGUCGGCCAUCGACGUCUGGUCGGUCGGCUGCAUCUUUGCCGAGCUGCUGGGUCGCCGCAUCCUGUUCCAGGCACAGAGCCCAAUCCAGCAGUUGGACCUGAUCACGGACCUGCUGGGAACACCGCCGCUGUCCGCCCUGGCGUCGGCCUGCGAAGGGGCCCGAGCCCACAUCCUGAGGGGACCCCACAAGCCGCCGUCGCUGUCGGUGCUCUACAUGCUGUCGGACGGCGCUACCCACGAGGCCGUUCACCUGCUGUGCCGCAUGCUGGUGUUUGACCCGGCCAAGCGGAUCUCCGGCGGCGACGCGCUGUCCCACCCGUACCUGGACGAGGGCCGGCUGCGCUACCACACCUGCAUGUGCCGCUGCUGCUACUCGGUGGCCGGCGGCCGCGUCUACACGCGCGACUUCGAGCCGGCGGCCGAGCGCCCGUUCAGCCACAGCUACGAGAACAGCCUGCUGUCUGUGUGGCAGGGCAAAGAACUGAUCCAUCGCUUCAUCACGGAGCACCAGCAGGGCAAGCGGGUCCCGCUCUGCAUCAACCCCCAGAGCGCCGCCUUCAAGACCUUCAUCAGGUCCACGGCGUGGCAUUCCUCCAAGGUCUCCAGGAAGGAGGAGAGAUGAAGGCUCCGGAUCUCCAUCAUCAUCAUCAUCAGCCGGCGGGCGAGUUAGCUCUCUCUCUCUCUCUUUCUCUCUCUCUCUCUCUCUCUCUCUCCCCGACCCAAACGGACCAACCUCAUGUUGAUUUGUUCUGGUUCUGCCAGAUCCACCUGGACAUGCCCCCGGCACCGGAGCCAAGCUGCUGCUGGAGCACUGGGACGGGUCAGAACCGGGUCAGAACCCGCCCGCCUCCCUAACGCUCCUCGUGUCUCACUGUGUUGUCGUUCUGUGGCGUUGCCAUGGCGACAGUAGUGCAACCUCUCCAGAUGUAGCAGGUCUAACCGCGCUGGUUCUGGUCCGGUUGUGACCCGGAUCGUCAAGGAAUAAAACGACUGGAUUAACUCAGAGACCAGAACCUUUCAUCUAACCCAAGUUAACCUCGGACCGGUACCGACUGGACCCAGUUACCUCAGAGUUCUGCAGAACUUUUGGACCGGGACCAGAACUCUGGAUAGUUUUGUAACGUUCCUCCAGUUUUACCUCCUCCUCCAUCUGUGACCCGGUUCUGGAGCAGAACUUAUCAGAGAAAAUGCUGGUGACUUAGUUCUGGUUCUGAUCACUCCACUGGACCGGGUCUCAGAACCCGACCCGCUGCCAGUUCCUCCAGUGACCCAACAGAACCUCCCGUCCACAGCAGGACCGUUCGGACCUCCUGGUUCUGGUUCGGUUCUAUUUCAAAAUAAAAUCACGACCCAAAAAACCAAAAUGGAGGAAAUCAUGAGAAAACUUCUGGUUCUCCAAACGGUACCAGAGAUCCGGGCCGGGCCUGAUUUAAUUUGGACUGGCUGUGGUUCUGACAGGUCAUCAGAACCGGGCCGAUGAGAUGACAGAACCAGAACCUGGGUUGCUGUUCGGACCGGUUCUGGUUUCCAGCAGAAGGACUUUGCCGACGUUCUGGGUCAGAACCGUAUGAAGGGAAGGUCAGAACCGCCACACCGGGUCGGGUCCAGAGUGUCGGAACCAUGGCUCCCUGGAGGAACCUGCUGCUGACUCGGUUCCGUUUGACCCGAGGGCCCGGCUGCAGCGGCGCCAGAACCUCCUGUAAAUGUGCAUGUGUGUUUAUUCCCUGUGAGGUCCACCAGAACCGGUCCAAUGGAACCGGUACCGCUUCAUUCAGCCUCUCCCAGGAGGAGUUUUGUGUGAUUCCUUUGGUUCCGGUUCUGGUUCUUCCCUGCAGUCUCCAGAUUCUGGAGGAAAAAUCUGUGACCUGGGAUUACGGACUGGACCGGUUCUGGUGGACCCAGUUGGGCCUGUUUGGACCCAGAACAGAGCCGGAGGUUCUGGUUGUAAUCCGGUUCCUCUGCGUUGGUCAGAACCUUUAGAACCCGUUUUCCAUUCUAGAACCUUUAGAACUCGAUGUUUAUUAUUCUGAAUAUGGAUCCGAUGUUUCUGUCUGUUUUAGCUCAAAGUUCUGUUUGGUUCUGGUUCUGUUAGGGUUCUGUUCUGACAGAUACUUGAAUUUAGAGUCAAACUAGUGAUGGUGAAUAAAGAAAUGGACACUGGACCGGACGGUU